GCAGCGUCUCGCAUUGGUGCAUCUCAGGCGUAUAAAUUGCUUUGCUUGCACGGCUACAUUCUGCAGGGCACGCUGCAGCAAGUGCAGACGGCUGCUGCAGCAAAACGCCGCCGCAGCGAUGCUGCCACUCCUCCUCCUCAUAAGUGCAGUACGCGCCAUGGCGCCGCCGCGCAAAUACGCGGGCCCGGGCUUUCGAGUGGUGCGCUGCUUCCCGAAGCUGUCGCGGCGCGAUGCGGACAAGGCCGUUUGCGACGGGCGCGUGAUGGUGAACGGCUGCGUGGCCAAACCGGCUUUGAGGGUGAAGUCUGGCGAUGUGGUAACCCUUGACGGGAGAAAGCAGGACUGGGAGGCCUUCGCCGCGAGCCUCGACGAGAACGCCCGACGCUUCCUGGUUUAUAACAAGCCGGUAGGCGUCACGUGCACCACAGACAACAACGACCGGCGGUCGCUACGGUUCCAGCCUGCGCUGAAGCGCUACUUUUCGGCAGGUCGCGUCUUCCCCGUGGGACGCCUCGACGCCGAUUCCGAGGGGCUCGUCCUGCUGACGGACGACGGCAAAUGCGCCGACGCGCUGCUGCAACCAAAAAGCAAGGUGGCGAAGACGUACGUCGUCGAGUUCGAGCGGGACGUCGACGACGGUGACGUCACACGACUGGCGGACGGCGUCGAGAUCGAGACGCCCCAGCAGCGCUCCGGCGCGACGACCACCCAAAGAACGCGGCCGUGCGAGGUGUCCCGCGAGGGCGACCGGCGGCUCCGCUUUGUACUAGCAGAGGGCCGCAACCGCCAGCUGCGGCGCAUGGCCGAGGCCGUGGGCCACGCCGUCGUGCGGCUCGAGCGCGUGGCCUUCGGUCCGUUAGCCGUCGACGGGCUCGAGCGGGGCGCCGCGCGGGAGCUGACGGCGUCGGAGCGGGCCGAGGUCGUCGCGCACGUCGACGCGGCGGCUUCUUCUUCGUCGCCAGCGCGGCCGCGGCGACGGCGUCGGAGUCGGUAA